GCAGGCUCUCUCCCAGGAAUUGCAGAGGGAGCCGCUCUGGAGCUGACCUGCCACAGAAAAUCAGCCUUCUGUUCUAGGGUGACCUUGAACCGCAAAACUGCUGUCCACGUGGACCGGGGCCGACAUCGCACGUCCAUCUGCCAGGACCCCUGCGUCCAAACUCCGAGACAUGGCGACAGAUGGCAGCAAGGUGGCUGACGGACAGAUCUCCACGGAGGUCAGCGAGAUUCCCACGGGCAGUGACAAGCCCAAAACCCUGGUGGUCAAAGUGCAGAAGAAGGCGGCGGACCUUCCGGACCGGGACACAUGGAAGGGCCGUUUCGACUUCCUCAUGUCCUGCGUGGGCUAUGCCAUUGGCCUGGGCAACGUCUGGAGAUUCCCCUAUCUCUGCGGAAAAAACGGCGGUGGGGCCUUCCUGAUCCCCUACUUCCUGACGCUCAUCUUUGCGGGGGUCCCACUCUUCCUGCUGGAAUGCUCCCUCGGCCAGUACACAUCCAUCGGGGGCCUGGGGGUGUGGAAGCUGGCCCCCAUGUUCAAAGGAGUGGGCCUUGCCGCUGCUGUGCUGUCCUUCUGGCUGAACAUCUACUACAUCGUCAUCAUCUCCUGGGCUAUCUACUACCUGUACAAUUCCUUCACCACGACACUGCCAUGGAAACAUUGUGACAACCACUGGAACACAGACCGCUGCUUCUCCAACUACAGCAUUGCAAACACCACCAACCUGACCAGCGCUGUGAUGGAGUUCUGGGAGCGUAACAUGCAUCAGAUGACGGACGGGCUGGAUAAGCCGGGUCAGAUCCGCUGGCCUCUGGCCAUCACCCUGGCCAUCGCCUGGAUCCUUGUGUAUUUCUGUAUCUGGAAGGGUGUUGGCUGGACUGGAAAGGUGGUCUACUUCUCAGCCACAUAUCCCUACAUCAUGCUGAUCAUCCUGUUCUUCCGCGGAGUGACACUGCCGGGGGCCGGGGAGGGCAUCCUCUUCUAUAUCACACCCAACUUCCACAAGCUGUCGGACUCUGAGGUGUGGCUGGAUGCUGCCACUCAGAUUUUCUUCUCCUACGGGCUGGGCCUAGGAUCCUUGAUCGCUCUUGGGAGCUACAACAGUUUCCACAACAACGUCUACAGGGACUCUAUUAUUGUCUGCUGCAUCAAUUCGUGCACCAGCAUGUUCGCAGGAUUUGUCAUCUUCUCCAUCGUGGGCUUCAUGGCCCAUGUCACCAAGAGGUCCAUUGCUGAUGUGGCGGCCUCAGGCCCUGGGCUGGCGUUCCUGGCCUACCCAGAGGCGGUGACCCAGCUGCCCAUCUCUCCCCUCUGGUCCAUUCUCUUCUUCUCCAUGCUGCUGAUGCUGGGCAUUGACAGCCAGUUCUGCACGGUGGAGGGCUUCAUCACCGCCCUGGUGGACGAGUACCCCAAACUCCUCCGCAACCGCAGGGAGCUCUUCAUCGCUGCCGUCUGCGUCGUCUCCUACCUGAUCGGCCUCUCUAACAUCACUCAGGGGGGCAUUUAUGUCUUCAAGCUUUUUGAUUACUACUCGGCCAGUGGCAUGAGCCUGCUGUUCCUCGUGUUCUUUGAGUGUGUCUCCAUCUCCUGGUUUUACGGUGUCAACCGAUUCUAUGACAACAUCCAAGAGAUGGUUGGCUUCAGGCCCUGCCUCUGGUGGAAACUCUGCUGGUCCUUCUUCACCCCAAUCAUCGUGGCGGGUGUGUUCCUUUUCAGUGCUGUGCAGAUGACUCCUCUCACCAUGGGAAACUAUGUUUUCCCCAAGUGGGGCCAGGGCGUGGGCUGGCUCAUGGCUCUGUCUUCCAUGGUCCUCAUCCCUGGGUACAUGGUCUACAUGUUCCUCACCUUAAAGGGCUCCCUGAAGCAGCGCAUUCAGGUCAUGAUCCAGCCCAGCGAAGACAUCGUCCGCCCGGAGAACGGUCCGGAGCAGCCCCAGGCCAGCGGCUCAGCCAGCAAAGAGGCCUACAUCUAGGGGUGCGAGGCGGCUCGCCGACCCGAUACUCUCACCCCCCGCCUGGCUGAGCGGGACCACCACUUGAUGUCUGAAGAUACCAUCUAUCUCAACCUACCUCGAGUGGCGUGUCCAGACACCAUCACCACGCAGAGAGGGGAGGUGGGGGACAGUCUCACCCCUGCUGGGUCCUGCCUUGCGCAAAAAUACUCCUCGGCUCCGGCACCUGCGGGCCGGUGACCUUUUUAAUCCGGGCCCCGUAAGCGUCCAGCAGUGGGCACUUGUGACUGCCGCGUAGGUCACUUUUAUCCGCCAGCGAGUGUGACUCGGUGAGGCUGCACCCUCCUGGCUUUUAGUCGUUUCCCUGACUGUUCUCUUAACUGCCGAAACCCGUGACUGUUACCUUGGACUUUGCAGGAGUGCGUUUCCACCGGAAGGCUGCUCUGUACACAUGAAAAGGGCAUUUUGUAUAACAGGUUUCUAGGGAGAGCUCGCUCUUAAGUAGCAGGGAGCCAGCAGAGCUCUCUCCGUUUUUUUGGUUUUCUCCUUCCCGAGGCAGCUGACUUUAAAACAAGCCCGAGGACCUCAGUCAGCAUCCCCCGGCCUGCUUCUCAAGCCGUCUGUACAGGGUCCUGCUUCCCUGCCACCGGCUGAGAGCAUCUCUGUGGCUAGGCCUUCCUGCCCCUCCCCGCCAGGCCCUUCUGACUGCAGCCGGCCCUGCCCGUUGGAAACUGCCACAAGCACAAUUAAAUUUCUAAUCAGCAUUCCGGGGGACCUACGAUCCUGCUGGGGACGUUCCCUCAUCGAAGCCCCAGUGUCUCUUAGGAUGCCCAGAGUUAGAGAGCACAGAACAGCUGUGGAGGAAAUCAAGGUCAAGUGAUCCUACCCCUGCGUCCAAAUGGAUCCACUGACCUUUUUAAAACGAUCUCCUCCCUCACUACCACCCCCUUCAAAGCUGCGGCCCUCUCACCGUCUCUGAAACUCCUCAGUGGGAGUCCCCUCACUGCCACCAAAAUCUACCCAGCCACCAACUGAGGCGCUAGUGUUCAUCCAGCACCCCAACCCCACCUCCAAAGUGCUUCCAAGAGGAAAGCUGCUUCCCCGGGAAGUCGGUUUUGUUCCUUUCCGGAAUUGGCUCCGGAAUCGGCUCCGGAAUGGGCUCCGGAAUCAGCUCCGGAAUGGGCUCCGGAAUGGGCUCCGUGGUGGCGGUGGCAAGUCGGCACAUCGGGUGAAGACAGUUCCUUGCAGGCCCCAGUGACUCAGUUCCUCAUCUGGCAGGAAGAUGGGUUCCCAAGUAGCAAAUUGUCUGUCGUGCCCUGUAGCUCCUUAGCUAGUUAGCUCACAAACUGUGUUUUACAACUAAUCCUUAAUCACUAUGGUAAAUAACUGUGACUGUGGGUUCUUUAAUCUCUUGUCAUUCUCAUCUGAAAGUGACCAGUGACCAGCAUAUCAGUUCUUGCAAUAAGGUAUUACCCUCAGAAUAUUAAGCACAUCAUUGUAGAGAAAACGCAAAGCAUUUGUAUACACACACUCAUCCUCGCGCGUGGUAGUUAGGGUCUUGUUGGGUAUCGUGUAGGAAAUCUAAAACCUGUUCCUGAAUCAUCUGUAAAAUAGUCUCAUUGCUAAGGGCAUCCCAGAUGCCAGCUGGCGACUCCAUGGUCAACCUGCAUAUGUAUCGUUCAAUUAUAGGGUUUAGGCUGAAAGGAACCCUUCACUGUGUAUCAUGGUCCCACCCCCAUCCUUUUAGAAUAAGGGCAGGAAGACUUCAAACUUUCUCUUUGUUCUUCAGUGUGAAACUAAGACCAAGUCUUUUUAAGACAAAUGCAGUGUAUUUCAUGUUUGUAAGCAAAUCUAAGUGAGAUGUUUGGCAAGAAAUCCCCUAACUGAUUUCCAUCCAAACCUACUUAUAUAGCACAAUAUUAUUACGUGUCGUACAAUUACUGUGAGAACUGUGAAUAUGUGUAACAUUUUUUAGUAUUUGCCCUGGGGGGGGAAGAUAUUGUAUUAUCAUAUAUGCUUUUUUUUGCAAUAAGGAUUUAUUCUCAGAACACCAAGUAAAUCUAUCUCUAUAUAAAAAAAUAUAUGUAAUAUAAACAUAUUCAAACUAUAUACAGAGCCUGUUUUAAAAUAAUUACAGCGUUAUUUAGUAAAAUUAUCUGUUCUAUGGACCAAAUGUAAAAUAUUUAUAAAUGAAGAUGCAUUUUAAAUGUCUAUAAAUGGUGUCAUAACUGGAGCACGGACAUUAUGUACAUUCCUAAGAAUUUAGAGGAAAAAUAAUAAAGGUUCUAUGAUCUACAAUGUCAAA